AUGGCGGUCAUUAACAAUCCGACUAGCAUGAAAGGGCCUGCGGAAGCUGUCCAUGGGUGGAUGUUCAUUGGGAGCGCGUUCAACCUCCUCCUCAUGGGAGUGAUGGCGUCCCAGAUGUACAUGUAUUAUGUGAAAUACAAAGACGACCGGACCUGGAUAAAAGCUCUGGUCGCAGGAAUAUUCGUCUUAGAUGUUGUCAACACAGUGUUCCUCUUCACUUAUUUAUACCGCUCCCUCAUUACUUUCUACGGCGAGGUCGAGUUCCUGAGCAAAACGGACUGGAUUCUAGCCACAGGUGCUUGGACAACAGGAGUGAUCGCAUGCGCCGUCCAACUAUUCUUCGCCUGGCGUAUCCUUGUCUUAACAAAGAACUGGAUAUACGUGGUGGUCAUCGCAACAUUGUCCUUGACUGGAUGCGGCGCCUCCCUCGUAGUCCCCAUCAAGACGGGCAACUUCAUUCACGUCACCGAAUUCCAUAAGAUUAGGUCCGCCGUGACGAUGUGGCUGGCCUGUGAAGUGGCGGCCGACGUUGUAAUUACUGCCCUCCUUGUGUGGUACCUUGUAAGAUUUUUACGGCGUAAACACAAGACUGGUUUCAGGCGCUCGGACAUGAUGGUCGACCGCAUUAUCCGAGUUACCCUCCAAACCGGCCUCCUUACAAUGGUGGUCGCCUCCGUCGAUCUCUUCUUCUUCCUCGCCGACCCAACAGGCACCCACUUCCUUUUCAACUUCCCGCUCGCCAAGCUCUACGCGAACUCGCUGAUGAGCAGCCUCAACUCACGGCAUGGGUGGAAGUUCAACGGCACGACGUCUGUUGGUACAGGCUCAGAGAGCCAAGUCAACACGACAGGCGGCGUGCAGAAGAGGAUACAUAUGUCGAAUAUGAAGAAGACGGACGUCAUUGUCGAGCCGAGCGUGAUUCGCACUCACCCCGCCGAGGUAUUCGUACACGUCGAGCAACACGAGCUGCGCGACGUCAAAGGGGACGAGAGGUUCGACGAGAAGCCGCACACGCUCCACUCACAGUCGUCGGUCGAGAUCUCGGUUGACGGCAAAAGGUGGGGGGCGGACAAGGAUACGUGGGUCUGA